AUGUCUGGAAUCAGCAAGGCCUGUUGCUCCAUCCCCCCUGUUGUCUCUAAGGGCUACCAGGCCAAGGGCGAGUACAAGACAAUCAAUGGCCUGAAGACCUACGUUACUGGUCCAGAAUCGGCCUCCAAGGCUAUCUUGGUUGUGUACGACAUUUUCGGCUUUUUUGACCAGACCAUCCAAGGUGCCGACAUUCUAGCCACCUCGAACGACCAGAACUAUCGAGUGUUCAUGCCCGACUUUUUCGAGGGCAGCCCAGCUGAUAUUUCGUGGUACCCGCCCACCACGGAUGAGCACAAGGAGAAGCUGGGAAACUUCUUCUCAACUAAAGCCGCGCCCCCCAAAACACUUUCCAAGAUCCCGAAUGUCGUCGCCGAAGGAAACAAACUCGCACCGGGCGGCAAGUUCCAAUCCUGGUCAAUCCUUGGCUUCUGCUGGGGUGGCAAAAUUGCGUCUCUAUCCGCUGGCGCGGAUAACAAGCUUUUCAAGGCUGCUGUGCAAUGCCACCCUGCAAUGGUCGAUGCCAAUGAUGCGAAGGCCGUGAACAUUCCUAUGGCGAUGCUGGCCUCCGGCGAUGAACCGGCGCAGGACGUCAAGGACUUCGACGCCAACCUGAAGGUGCCAAAGCACGUGGAGACCUUCUCGACUCAGAUUCAUGGCUGGAUGGCUGCUCGGUCGGACCUGGAGAACCCUGCGGUGCGCAAGGAGUAUGAGCGCGGCUACAAAACCGUUCUUGACUUUUUCCACCAACACUCGUAA